AUACAACCCAUGAAUAAGCCUAGUAGUUUCCUCCAUCCGCUAAGAAAAAAACAAAGGUAGUUCCAUGGAGAAUUCCACCUCAAAUUUAAACAUACAACUUCCUCCAGGUUUCAGAUUUCACCCGACCGAUGAAGAACUCAUCAUUCACUAUUUGCAGAAGAAAGUCACUUCAACCACCCUCCCGGCUUCUAUCUUUGCUGAAAUCGAGCUAUACAAGUUCAAUCCAUGGGAGCUUCCACAUAAAGCUUUGUUUGGAGAAGAUGAAUGGUUUUUCUUCACUCCAAGAGAUAGGAAGUACCCGAAUGGAGUGAGGCCGAACAGGAUGGCAGGUUAUGGAUACUGGAAGGCGACGGGAACUGAUAGACCGAUUUUGGGAUCAUCAGGGGAGAACAUCGUUGGAGUGAAGAAAGCUUUGGUGUUCUACAAGGGUCGACCUCCAAGAGGGGAUAAGACUGAUUGGAUUAUGCAUGAGUACAGAUUGCUAGAUACACUUGCUUGCGAUUCCAAAAAGCCAAAAGAAUCAAUGAGGUUGGAUGAUUGGGUUCUUUGUAGAGUGAGAAAGAAGACUUCUACGCCAAGGAACUUUUGUGAAGAUAGAUAUGGUCAAAGCAUUCCAGAACCUGAAAAGUCAACAAUCAGUUCCAUGGUCACAAACCUUGAUCUUGAAAUCCUAGAGGGAGAAACCUUGUUCAAAGAUUGUCCAAUGUUGCCUUUUAUCUUUGAUUCUCACUUAUAUUUCUCUUCCAUGGAUGCCAAGUUUUCUACCAUCAGUUUUGCAGGCAGCAAAAACUCAUCUGAUUCGUCUGAAAACGGAGGGAACUUUCAAGAAUUAUUUGCAUCAGUUGAAGGUUUCGUGAGUCGUGAUAGAAGGCACAACAAAAUGAAUCAAGAAGAGGAUUUUAUCAGUCCCAACAAGAAGCUUAGAACCAUGGAAGGUCGAAAUGAGGACGUGGGGUCUUUAAAGAUAGAUACAAAUGAAAUGAGUUUCAACGGUGGAGAUCAAUCUGAUCUGUGGGCGUAUAUGAUGGCAUCCCACGAUCUAAAUCAUCUGACCUUCACGUAAGAUGAUGGAUUAUUACGAAGAAGAUCAAUAUAAGAAGGUUACAAUGAAUAAGUAGACAUUAUGUGCAUAGUGUGUGUUCGUAAAAGCUAUGGUUGCUCCACAAGCAAUAUUUUUGGCAUAAAACUUUGCUUGGAAAGCAACCAUUUGCUAAUUUCAUCAUAAAAUAUGAUUUAUCAUAUACUACGUGUCAAUAUUAUGACAUAAAUACACGAACGAAUUGUGUGGUUAUGCAGGAAUAAAAUUCUAGUAUCAAUUGCAAUUUUUAUACAAAAAAAA